AUGGCUAAGAAGGCGCGUCAGAGAAUUAGCUACGUUCUCGAGAACGCCAAAUCCUCUGAGGGAGGCCACCGCUUAGGCGUAAACGGCCUUGCUGUCGAUACGAACAAUGGCAUCCUCUACUCUGGUGGACGAGAUGGCAUUGUCUGCGCCUGGGACCUCGACCUCGAUCUCAAAUCGUCCUCCUCCGUGACGGACACCUCACUAGAAAAGAAGCCAUCCCGGAGCAAGUUCCGUGCCCAAGUACAACCCCAUACCCACUGGAUAAACGACAUAACCUUGGCGCAAAAUAAUACUGCAUUGGUCUCAGCCUCGUCCGAUCUUACCGUCAAGGUAUGGCGGCCUUACUCGGAGGAGGACAACACCCGUACCAUCGCAAUCGGAGAGCAUGCCGAUUACGUGAAAUGUGUUGAGACUCCACCGGCCGAUAUGAAUGCCAACUGGCUUGCCUCUGCCGGUUUGGAUCGCAAAAUUUGCCUCUGGGAUCUGAACGGAGCUGGAAAGACUCUCGAGGUAGAUGUCAGGGGCGAGGAGAUCCCGGAAAAGGGAUCUGUCUACGCCUUGGCUGUUGGUAGAGGCCUCAUGGCAUGCGGCGGGCCGGAAAAGAUAGUUCGCUUGCACGAUCCACGGACUGGUGACAAGGUCUCUAAAUUGGUCGGCCACUUAGAUAUCAUUCGGUCUAUUCUCAUUGAUGACUCUGGCGACACGAUUCUGAGCGCCAGCGCCGACAAAACCAUCAAAAUGUGGAGUGUCAAGGGUGGUCGCUGCAUGUAUACCUUCACAAUGCACGACGAAAGCAUUUGGUCUCUGUUCUCGGAAGACCCGAGCCUUGGAGUAUUCUAUAGCGCUGAUCGAUCUGGACUUGUAGCCAAGACUGACGUUCGAGGCAGCAUAGAGGAUAUUGACAAUGGGCUUAGUCUGGCAGUCGCGGAGGAGCAUUGCGGUGUAUGCAAGGUCGUUGCUGCUGGCGGCCACAUCUGGACUGCUACAAACCGGUCGUCGGUCAAUCGUUGGGGUGAUGUCGACACCAGCACCGAUACUAACCUCCCAGAGCGGUUCCGCCAUCAGAGGGCUGCAUCUGCCGCAUCCAACAAGCUGCGUCAAGCUGCUGUAGCACCAAAUGCUCAGAACGCGAAUACAAAUAAGAAGGAGAUCGCCCCAGAGUCCAUUCUCCGUAUUUCCAAUACUGCCGUUUUCCCUACUCGCAGCACCUUCAGUUCAGAGUCCAACAACUUGAACGAGACUUUGGGCAGACGGGGGUCGGAAGUUGUGGUAGAGCAACAGGAUCCAGAAGUGAAGCCAAUUCAUCAAACACCAGAAGAGACCAUCGAAGGCCAAUUUGGACUUUUGAAACACAAGAUGCUCAACGAUAGGAGACGGGUGUUGACAUUGGAUACUGCUGGUGACGUCCUGCUUUGGGAUCUUCUUGCUUGCAAGCCUGUUCAAAGUUUUGGCAAACAGCAUCUAGAAGAUGUUGAGGCCGUUGUCAAUACGCGGGAAGCCGUGGCACCGUGGUGCUCAGUAGAUUUGAGCUCUGGCAAUCUCACCGUUGUCCUGGAGCCUUUCAACUGUUUUGAUGCCGAGAUAUACGCGGACGAGUUGAAGUUGGAUGAGCCAAUAGAGUUUAGGGAAGAUCAGAGAAUCAGCCUCGGAAGGUGGAUUUUGAGAUACCUCUUCGCUAAUUUGAUUGACGAAGAGAUCAAGCGGGAUGAGAGCUACAGGCAGAAAUUGAACGAAGAGGUUGCGAAGAAUCAAGCCGCCACUCGGGCCAAUGCUCCUACCUCGAUUGAUAUCCCCUCAGCGAAUGUUUCGAACUGGGACAAAUCUGAUCAAGUUACCACCCCUCGAGCUAAUGGCUCACAGCUUCAUCAAGGCACGCCUGGUUUGGGAAUCGGCCUCGCAACUCCCGGUCCUGGUGUGACGCUGCCAGGUGUACCAGAAGAGGCUGUGUCUAGCCCUCUGAGCCCAGCUGAGAAGGGAGACAAGGAAGACUACUUUGCCAGCGGCAGCGCAGGUGUGUCCAGUGCCCCAGCUGCAGAGUCGGUAGACGCAAAGACGUCGAUGGAGAACGGCAAUGAAAAGGGCAAGGACAAGGAAAAAGAAAAGGAUAAAGACAAAGAUAAAGCAGCCGAUACAACGAAAUCGCCUGGCAGCACCUUUGGAAAGAAGUUCCGAAUGUCCUUUAGCACCAAGAAACUAGGUCGAUCAUCGUCGCAAGCAACUCAGGAGAAGCCUGUAGUCGUUGACGAAAAGGCGGAGGAGUCCGAGUCAUCGUCCACAAAUGAAAAAGAAGUAGAUGAUAGCUUCUUUGGAGUCAUCCAGAAGAUUCGAAACGACUACGACAAACAGUUUGCCGACACACCAGAGAAACUGAUCGAAACCAGAGUCACACCCAGUCUUCCAAACGAAACUCCAGUCUUGAAGCUUCCACAUGGAACCAAGAUCAUUCUUCAAGAGGAGACGUCUGGUGGCAGCGCCAAUGUCUAUCAAGGAACAGUCCAGAACGUUGGCAAGGAUGCCGACAUUAUUGAACAAAAGGCUCCAAUGUGGCUUGGGGACGUUUUAUUGCAGAACCUCGUUCCCUUCAAGGAGCCAGUCAAAAUCUCGUUUGUUCUUCAUCCUAUGGGAGACCUGUCUGCUCUGUCGCCGGCAGACGGGAAUAACAGAUUAAACGCAAACAGAAUGUUGCGAGUCAAGAAAAUCUUGGCCUAUGUUGCCGAAAGGAUUGAGGAAAUGCCCGAGGAACCAGAGCCCAAUGCGCUACCUCCUGAAGAAUAUCUCGAAUUGUACUGUAAUGAUCAGCUCCUUGACCCUUUGAUGAGUCUUGCAACAAUCCGCACCCAUGUGUGGAAGAGCGGUAACGACGUUGUGUUGUACUACAAAGCCAAUGGGCGCAAGGAGAUCAUACCACCCAAGCCAGCAGCAUCGAUGAUUCCAGCGGAUACACCAGGGGCACCAGGACCAGUAGGAGCCCCGGCGACACCGGCGGAAUCUUCUGCUGCUGCUACUGGUACGGCUACGGCUACAGCGGCGGCAUAG